CAUUUCCCGCGUAUUUUGACAGACGGAUGAGCAAGGUAUAGCCAUGAAGGUGUACCAGGGUGUCAUGCUAGCCGUGGAGAUCUUCAUCCUCGCCAUCAAGAUGAACAUCACCUGGACGCUCGCCGUCAUACAGUUCUUUUUCCCUCCGGAGCCAAAGAAUGUCAAGGGAGAGAUAAUACUAAUAACAGGCGCAGGUCAUGGCAUGGGACGCGAGAUGGCGUUGCGCUUUGGUAAGCUCGGCGGCGUGGUUGUUUGCGUCGACAUCAAUCCCGCAGGCAACAAGGAGACCGUAGACAUAGUCAAGGGACAGGAGGGGAAGGCACACGCAUAUCAAUGUGACGUCACGGACCGAAACGCGAUCAACGAGCUCGCGGAGAAGAUACGACGCGAGAUCGGUGACGUCACGAUGUUGGUGAACAACGCGGGCAUAAUGCCCUGCAAGCCGCUGCUGCAGACCAGCGACACAGAGAUACGCACCGUUUUUGAAGUCAACGUGUUGGCUCAGCUAUGGUUGAUCCAAGCGUUUUUGCCGCACAUGAUGGAAACAAACCACGGUCACAUCGUGGCGAUGUCGUCUAUGGCUGGCGUGGUUGGUCUCCGCAACCUGGUCCCCUACUGCGGCACUAAGUACGCGGUGCGCGGUCUCAUGGAGGCCUUGCACGAGGAACUGCGCGAGGACAAAAGAGACUUCAGUGGAAUCAAGCUGACGACAAUCUGUCCAUACAUCGUGGACACGGGCCUCUGCAAGAACCCGAAGAUAAAGUACCCCUCGCUGAUGAAGAUCCUGUCGCCGCAGGAGGCCGCCGACAGCAUCGUGGACGCGGUGCGCCGCAACUACCACGAGAUCACCAUACCCAGCUCACUCUACUACAUCAACCAGAUUUGUCGGACCAUGCCGCGCGCUGUGCCACUACAUCUCAAAGACUUUUUGGACUCUGGCCUUGAGGCUCAAUAGUUUGAGUUAUUUAUGAAUUUAAUGCUUAUUUUUUCCUGUAAUUAGAUGAUUAGGAACUUGUAUAAAUGUUUAUUAAUUUAAAUAUAUUUUAUACAGGUAAAGGAAAUAUAAUUCUAAAAAA